CCGCUGAUUGGCCGAGCCGGACGCAGGCUCGGGGCCCGGCAGCCAAUGGGCGGCGCGGGCCGAGAGCUCCGGGCGGAGCUGGGGGGCUCGCGGCCAAGCCGCGCUCGCCUUCUCGGGGUCCGGAUUGUCGCUGUCCUUGCCGGACGCCAUGCCACACGAAGAGUGACGUCUUGCCCGUUCUUAAAAUGGAAGACUUGGGCAAGACCUUCGGCUCUGAGGAGGAAGAAGCAAACUAUUGGAGGGACCUGGCCAUGACCUACAAGCAGAGGGCAGAGAAUACACAGGAGGAGCUCCGAGAAUUCCAGGAAGGAAGCCGGGAAUACGAGGCUGAAUUGGAAACUCAGCUGCAGCAAAUGGAAACCAGGAACCGAGACCUCCUAUCGGAGAAUAACCGCCUUCGCAUGGAGCUGGAGACCGUCAAGGAGAAGUUUGAAAUGCAGCAUUCAGAAGGCUACCGACAGAUCUCAGCCUUGGAGGAUGACCUGGCUCAGACGAAAGCCAUUAAAGAUCAACUGCAGAAAUACAUCCGGGAACUGGAACAAGCCAAUGAUGACUUGGAGAGAGCCAAACGAGCCACCAUCAUGUCCCUGGAAGACUUUGAGCAGCGCUUGAAUCAAGCUAUCGAAAGAAACGCCUUCCUGGAGAGUGAGCUGGAUGAGAAGGAAAAUCUUCUAGAAUCCGUGCAGAGGCUGAAGGAUGAAGCCAGAGAUCUGCGGCAGGAAUUAGCCGUGCAGCAGAAGCAAGACAAGCCCAGGACACCCAUGCCCAGCUCAGGGGAAGCGGAAAGGACGGACACAGCCGUGCAGGCCACAGGCUCUGUGCCAUCUACUCCUGUGAUUCACCGAGGACCCAGCUCUGCAUUAAACACACCAGGGACGUUGAGGCGUGGUCCAGAGAGCUCCACCAGUGGGACUCCACUCACGCCCGCGGCCCGGAUAUCAGCCCUCAACAUUGUCGGGGACCUGCUGCGCAAAGUUGGGGCUCUCGAGUCCAAACUAGCAUCAUGCCGGAACUUUGUGUAUGAUCAGUCCCCAAGCCGGACAAGUGGCCCCACCUCAGGGAGAGGGAGCAAGAACAGAGACGGCGGUGACAGACGGCCAAGCGGCACCAGUAUGGCUUUGGGGGACAAAGGGUCUGGAAAACGCCUGGACUUUGGGAAGCCAAUUUCACAGCCCUCCUCGCCAGCGCUGCCAUCCACCCAGGGUGUGGUCAAGCUCCUGCUUUAAGGACCCUGGAGCUCUGCUGGGCAGGUCCUCACCUGCUUUACUUCUUCACACUUGGCUUUUGGUUGUUGUAGUUUCCAGUUAGUUUGAGAAAUAAGAGCCAGCAUCACCAGCAUUCACUGUGUGCUGUGCAGCCCAAGCCAGUGAUUCAGGCUGUUUGCUGUGGCCCUCUGAUCUGACCCAGUUUCUGGUGUUGUGUGUCAUAGAAAUGAGCUGGGCCCCAUAGACAGUUCAAAGGUGCGAGUGAUGGGGCCACCCUUAUCCUUGAGUCCUGUUAGCCCCAAGAGGUGCUACUGGUUUAGAGUCUCCUCCAGAGAGGAACCAGAGUCCAGCUUCUAGCUGGAGCUGUCUUCUGGAACAUUCUGCCAGUGCUUUUUACAGCAUGCUGAAAUUGUAUCUAGGACUGGGGAAUGCAGAGGCGUGGGGUGUGGCACAUGUGGUCAUGUGCCUCUGAGACUUUUAAUCUGCUUUACAUGGGGUGUUUUAGAGAUGUGUCUGGCUCUCAGGGUAAUUCUCAGGUCAGUGGGAUGUUGUCCUCUGUAGAUAAACCCAACCCCUGGUUUUCCUUAGUUCCCUGUCCUGAUUUUGGGGUAACAUCAGCAUCAGGACUGUGGAGUAGAUCUGGCCUUGGUCAUGCCACUCCUCAGAACAGGACUUCAUCCAGCCACUGUGGAAUAGCCAGGGCCACCGAAGUGCCAGGUCACGAUCACCAUGGGAAGUUUCGGUAUAUAGAGAGAAGCACAGGCUGUCCAGCACCAGACACAAUCUGCUGGCCUCUUCUGGGUCCGUUGGCCCCUGUGCGUGGUGAAUGGCUGCCUCACACUCCAGCACAGGAUUUCGGAGCAUCGGCUUCACACCCUUCACUUUGCUACUAAGUUAUUUUCUGAUGGGGCAAAACUAGCCUGGUGUUGGAGCUAGAACUUUCCAGUGCUACUGAAGUUCACCAGGCAAUCUUAAGCUGCGUGGCUGUUUGUCCCCCUCAAACAUUCUAACCUGGGAAAAGAUGGACUUUUAUUUUUUUAUAAGAAAAAUAAAUCACAAGAAAGUUC